AUGAAGGGAGGCGUGGGAAGGAGUACUGCUGCGCCACAGAUGGAAUUUGUGCGUGCCGUAAUUGUUGGUUCCGGUUCGAGCAGCAGCACGCCCAUGCUUUCUUGUGCACUUUCCGGUUCCCCAUGCCCCAAUUGUGAGGAGGCUCUCCGUUGUAGUGGUAGCAAAAAUCAUCGCUUGAACCCCUCUUUCCUCAUACAGCUUUACCAUCCGACGGAUCGUACAGUACACAACAUCCUCAUUGACUGCGGUAAGACGUUCCGAGAGUCGGCACUAAAGGUUUUUCCUUCGUUUCUUGUCCGCGAUUUCAGUGCCGUAUUGCUCACGCAUGACCACGCCGAUGCUUCGUAUGGCAUUGACGACCUCAGGGAGUUUAGCCGUAAAGAUGUUCCUAUCGGGGUGUACGCGGAUGAGACAACGCUCGCAGCCAUGAGAGGGGUUUACCCUUACUUGUUCGCAGAAGACAUGCGCAGCAGAGGCGCUGGGGAACCAGCUAAGAAGGAAGUAAAGAAGAAUAAGUUUGUCGCCACCAUCAAUUGGGAGUUAUUCACCAGAGUCGAACGAAUGGAUGUGGUGUUUUCUCCACGGCCGAAGGGGGUGACAACUGGGAACGAGGGCGAUAUUGCUGAUGGGUGUGAAACUGGGGCACCCGCGGUGUGGUCGUUUGUGCCCGUUGGCGUUCCGCACGGUGAGAAUUAUCGUGCAAACGCUUUUCUUGUGCCGAUGCAUGACAAGAGCGAGUCGCCGCGACUGCUUUUGUACGUUUCAGAUAUUAGUGAGUUGGAGGACCGAUUUUUCACGGACUUGGCGCGCUCUAAGGUGUUGCUUGGCGUUGACCCCGCUGUCCCCAUUGAGGUACUGGUGCUGGACAUGUUAUCACGGAGGCCAUACGUCGCUCAUCUGCACGUGGAAGCGUCCAUUGCCGCUGCAAAAAGGAUCAAUGCUGCCAAAACGUAUUACGUCGGUAUGUCACAUAGGAUAAACUACGAUGAGAUGAUGCAGGAGCUUCAGCAGCUAGGUUUGGGUGCCACAAUGGAAAUGGGAUACGAUGGCUGUGUUGUCUCCGUCGGAGACUCGGGACUGCAGCACCUUAGUGGACGUUUAUGA